AUGGCGCCUUCAGCCUCGUUGGUCAACAAGCUCAAAGUACAGCUCAAGCUGUCAAUAUCACGACUGCGCAUGGUACAACAGAAGGACAGCGCGAAGGCGAAACAGCAAAGACGAGAGAUGGCACAGUUAAUCGAGGUUGGCAAAGUGCAAUCGGCACGAAUACGCGUCGAAAACAUCAUCCGCUCAGACAUCACAACGGAACUGCACGAGAUACUCGAACUCUACUGCGAACUGCUCCUCGCGCGCUCCCAGCUCCUGGACCAAUCUCCCACACCCUCCACAUCUGCUUCCACUACAUCGAUACCCCUCGACCCCGCGCUCGAAGAAGCCGUACGUUCGAUAAUAUACGCUGCACCGAGGACGGAAAUAAAAGAGCUACAUGCAGUCCGGGGCUUUCUAGUCGAGAAGUUUGGCAAGGAUGUUGCGCUUGCGAGCAUGGAAGGCGAAGGGGUAGCGGAACGCGUUGCGAAGAAACUGAGAGUAGAAACGCCGAGUAAUGAGCUGGUUGAUGCGUAUCUGAGCGAGAUUGCGCGGUUCUACGGUGUACCGUUUGGCACAGCAAAGACGGCCUCGGACGACGAGGACGCAGACGAUGACGACGAGCCGUCAGGCGGCAUAGCGGAGGAAGCUGACGGGCAGCUAGAAGACCCGUUGGAGGCAGAGUCAGGGAAGGACAAGAAUAGCAAGAAGGAGGAUGAGAGGGAAGAGUUGGCAAAGGCCAACACGCCGAAGAAACUUGGUCCGCAAAGUCCGCUGAGAGUGGUUCCACCGAGUCCUAGCACAGACAAUGUGGCGCCCAGGUUGAAGCUGCCGGGGACUGCGGCGGCCAAGGUUGCGAAGAGUGAUGCGAAGAAGCCAGUUAAGAAGGAAGAUGGCUUGGGCAAGAUUCCGGAUGUCGAUGAGCUUGCGCGACGGUUUGCGGAGCUGAAGCGGUGA